CCGCCUCCUGAGGCGAUCCCCGGGGACACCGGAUCCCCCCGCCGGCUGCCAUCGCGCCACAACGCUCUCCUUCCACCGCCGCACCGCACCGCUCGCCCGGCCGGGAGGCAGUAGGGCCCUCCCGGUGACACGGAGCCCUUUUAAGAGGCCGCGGGACGGCGGGAGGAGGGCACCGGGCGGCUCUAUAAAGGGCGGGCGUGCGGCGGCCUCCGGUGACAGCGGGGGUGAGGGACGGCCGAGGGCGGAUCCGGCAGCGCCAUGGAUUUCAACAUGAAGAAACUGGCGUCGGACGCGGGGGUUUUCUUCUCCCGUGCCAUGCAGUUUACUGAAGAAAAGCUGGGUCAGGCUGAGAAAACUGAACUAGAUGCUCACUUUGAAAACCUCCUGGCCAGGGCAGACAGCACCAAGAAUUGGACAGAGAAGAUUUUGCGUCAGACUGAAGUCCUGCUACAGCCAAACCCUAGUGCCAGAGUAGAAGAAUUCCUCUAUGAGAAGCUUGACCGGAAGGUUCCUUCCCGGGUCACCAACGGGGAGCUGCUGGCACAGUACAUGACAGAGGCAGCUAAUGACUUUGGGCCAGGGACACCUUAUGGGAAGACCUUGAUAAAAGUUGGAGAGACUCAGAGGCGCUUGGGUGCAGCGGAACGGGAGUUCAUCCACUCUGCCUCCAUCAACUUCCUGACCCCACUGCGCAACUUCCUGGAAGGGGACUGGAGAACUAUCUCUAAAGAGAGGAGGAUCCUGCAGAAUCGCCGCCUGGAUCUGGAUGCCUGCAAAGCCAGGCUGAAGAAAGCCAAAGCUGCCGAGGCAAAAGCAGCGGCUGUGCCUGACUUUCAGGAGACCAGACCUCGUAAUUACGUUCUCUCCGCCAGCGCCUCAGCGCUGUGGAACGACGAGGUGGAAAAAGCAGAGCACGAGCUGAGGCUGACCCAGACAGAGUUUGAUCGGCAGGCAGAGGUGACACGGCUGCUGCUGGAGGGGAUCAGCAGCACACAUGUGAAUCAUCUUCGUUGUCUCCAUGAGUUUGUAGAGUCCCAGACCAAUUACUAUGCCCAGUGUUACCAGUACAUGCUGGACCUGCAGAAGCAGCUGGGCAGCUCCAAAGGAGAAAUAUUUUCAGGCACAUUCAUAGGCAACCCAGACUCCACAUCUUCUCCUGCAGCUGCUACCUCUCCUCCAGCAGUGUCUGCUGCCACAGUUCCUACUGUGCCUACAAUUCCAGUUGUGCCCACAGUUGUUGGGGUGCCCAACACCCUGGCAGAGGGUGUGCUGAACCCAAAUGAAGUCAAACCUCCUGCCAGUGGGACACGGAAGGCCAGAGUCCUCUAUGAUUAUGAAGCAGCUGACAGCACUGAGCUGGCACUUCUUGCAGACGAGAUGAUCACUGUGUACAGCCUGCCAGGUAUGGAUCCAGACUGGCUCAUAGGGGAAAGAGGGAACCAGAAAGGGAAAGUUCCUGUCACUUACUUGGAACUGUUGAGUUAAACAUCUCCAGGAAGCAGAAUGUACAAGCAGAAUGCACCCCUCAUCUCCUGGCACUUCCAACACGGAUUUCUUCAUCCGAGACCAUUGCUCUCUUCAGGGCUGACACUCCAUUGCUAAUAGGGGAAUUGUGGGAAAGAAGUGGCAAAACUCUUUCAGUAAGGUUUUGGGAAAGGGUUGGUGGCACCCAAGACUGAAUGUGUUAACUACCAGUGCAGCCUGCUUUGAGGUCAGUCUGGAUGCUGCAAGAUUCCUUGGUUCCUUUCUCCUCCCUCCCCUCGCCGUGUGUAUGGCAGUGGCUUUCCCAGGGCCAAAGAGCUGCUGCUCCCUCUGCAGCUGCUGCUGGAGUUUCUUACCCUUCCCUUGUGUCUGCUGUGGGUCAGUGCCUGCCUCCCCCCUCCCACCCUCCCUCCUUCAGCAGAAUUGCCCAUGUCAAACCAUCAAGCAUUCCAGCAGGGAUGGGUCCCACACAAACCCUCUGAGCUGUUGUAGCUCUUGAGGUGAGGAGGCUGAAUUUAAGAGCCUGUUAACCCAUUCCCUUGCUCACCUGUGGGAGAACAGGCACAUGAGGCUUUCCAAGAGCCACCUGUGAUGCCUGAUGGCUUCCAUGUACAACUGUCUGUAGCUAGAAGGAAAUUGGUGAUGACCAACCUGAGAACCUCAGUGCAAGGGACCAUGCAUCUUGCUUGCAUUUCCUCUGAGAAACUGCUCUUGGACUGCACAGUUUACAAGCCUUUUUACAGAGCUUUGCUCCCUGUGUUGAUUGUCCAGGCUUUUCUUUCACUGUGUCUGUUCCAGGCAUGUUUUAGCCUGACUUUAUUUUCACCUCAGAUCAUUGAUUUAAGUGAUGCCCCCCCCCCAGCAGUGAACAGAUCUGGUGCAGUACAGGGAAGGUUUUGUCCCACUUGUCUCUACCAAUGAGCUGUUCUUGGCCAUACACACACACAACAAUCCAGGCUGCCCUUGCUGUUUGUGCUGGUUUAGCUCAAAGGGAGUGCUUGGGUCUGUAGAUCUUUCAAUUCCCUAAGGAGCUUUUUCACACCUAGAGCUCAGCUAAAGGACUCCCACUGCUGGGUCACUGGUUUUCCACUCAAGCUGGAGGGAAGAGAAAUUCACCUGCACCAAGCUCUCUGUUCACAACCUUCCCCUUGGUAUGUCACAACUAACUUUGCUUGUUUAUCUUUUGCACUUUCCCCACUGGUAUUGUGACCACUCUAAUGUAACAGGGCACUGAGCACCUGUGUAUGUAGGGCUCAUGGUUUUCAGCACUUAUUUGCCAAUAAACAAACUGCCU